AUGUCCCAUAAUGAAAUUGAUAUUGAAGUGCAGGCUCAUCAUUCAUCUGAUUUAGGACUACUGCAUCCUUUGCACAACCGUGAGUCAUCGACAGGACCAUUCCCUGACUUUAUACCUUCACUUAACUCACCUUCCAAAUUCAAUGCUCCCCUUCCUGGUCACGAGCUUUCUCAAACCACAGCAAGGCUAGCGUCUCCGAGCAGCUCUCCAAGAAAGGUUCAACAGCAUAAAAAUGGAGAGUCUAGCGAUAUUUUCAAAAAGGUGCCUGACUUGGCUUAUUCGAUAAACUCUGCAUCAACUAAAGUCGAUCACAUGUCUUCUUAUGAUGUAAACUACAAGGGUCCAAUAACAUUGGACUACCUACGGUACGUUUGCAGGAUGCUCAAUCUUCAAAGACCAGUCACGGAUCAAUUAAUCUCCAUUGGUAAGCCUCCUUCGACAAGCUCAAGUGAGGAGGGGGGUUCAUCUGGGCUACAAGGUAAUAGAUCUGACACUGCUGGAACUUCACCUUUCAGAAGUGUCGAUUACAGUGACACUGUCGAUAGAAGUCAUAGUCCCCACUCUGGAGAGGAGACGCCACUUUCCGGGGAAAAUAAGCACAAGAAGAAACCUGUUUCAUAUUUACAGAAGAUUUUACAGGCUCAAACUGCCAAGGCUGAAAAUGAGCAAUCCAAAAGAAGCUUUUCCUCGAACGAUGCAGUCACAAAGCAUACUGAAAGGGACCUGACGCCGGUUCUGGCUGACUUUAACAAGCCAUCACGAAAGAAGAGGAAAAUCAUUGGAGUAAGACCAGACUUUACAAUUGAUAUUGAAAAUCGCUUGGCGAAUUCCUCAUUGGGUGCCGUAUCUCAAGGAGACACUGUUGGGAGCAGUUCUGAUCUCUUUAACAUGAACGGUAGUUCUUUUUCCAAACUGCUGCAGUUGCAUCUUGACACGAACCCCAAAAAUAUUGAUGCUGAUGCUAUAACUACUGACUCAAGGACAUCUGAAGAAAAAGCCACAGGGCCAAUCAACGUACAAUUGGAACCAGAAGGCGGCUACGUAGCAGCACUGCCUAAGCACUUAGAGCAUCGCGGAUCCACUCUCGAUGAGGAGUCGCUUCAUGGCUUAGAACUACUGGACCAAAACCAAAGCGAGAAUAAACCUAACGCGUCUGAUAUAAUAGAGCAUAAUUCUAAGAUUGGUGAGCCUACUACACAGGUGAUUGAGCAUUAUGAAGACCUGGUUGAGGCGGCUGAAAAUGAUAAUGAAAACUUGGAGGAACUGAAAGAGACUGAUCAGCAGCAAUUUCCUGUAUCGGAAGAUAAAGAACAGGAGGAAAGUUUAGAUUCCGUAAAGGAACCACACUCAACACUUCAAGGUAAAGAGCUGGUUAAAUUAAGCAAGCCUGAUGUUGCGCGUCCAGAUCAUUCAGAAGCUGACGCCUCACAGCCACUUGAGGAGGUUACGCCAAAACCUAGUGAGGGGGACGACGACGUUGUUCUUGUGGGGGAAGGUGAUGGUAAUAAUGAUGAUGGUAAAACGGGGGAAGAGACUUCGAACCAUGGACAGAAACCACCGGCAGCUCGUGAAUCUACUACACAAGAAGUCCAAGCGGAGAACAUUAUUUUUGAAGAAGAGAACGAGGUAGACCAACGGAUUUCCGAUGUUAAGCAACCAGUUAGGAGUAACAUCUUCAGUGAAUUUCUCGAAGUUUUGGACACGAGAGAAGUAGAGAUUGACACUUUUCAAGAAGUUGAUGCGUCAAAUAAGUCGCCUGCUGGUGAAGGAAGUUCGAAAAGCGAGUCAGAGGAAAAUGAAUUCAGUACAAGCGACCUUGAUUCUAUCACAAAAAGUUUACUAAGUCGCCAACAUCUUGCCCAGGAUACGUUGGGCCUUCCAUCCGUAGAAAAGCUUCCAAACAGCAUCCUUCAGCAGCUUCAAUCAAGCUCUAAUGAAUUCCUACAGCUGUUGAUGGACAGUGUUAGACUAUACGCUCAAUCGCGAGAUUCGAACCAAGUGGAUAUGUCUGACGUGAUUUUGUAUCUUCGUCUGAUCAAUUUUGGUGGAACUGGUGAAACUUUGGGCGACAUUGAACGAGUUUUUGAUAUAGCUCAAGAUAAUAUACCUCUUGAGUUGGUCAUUGAGCUUGAAAAUAGCAUUGAAAAAGCUCUUUCGGAAAUUGAGGCGGGUGACGAAGGUGGUUUGUUUAUGGUUGAUUAA